GGCACAGGAUGAAGACCAGCUCAGCUCUUCAACCCUGGAUCAUUGUCUAUUGUUCUCCAAACAGUAAACCACUAUUUCUCACCAGAGAUUGUGGGCUGCAGUUCUGUCCGAGCCCUGGGCUUCACAUGAAUAUGAAGUGAAGGGCUCUGACCCAGAAAGUGGCAGGUUCUGAGCAGGGUAAAAUGGGGUCUCGGAAAUGUGGCAGCUGCCUAAGUGGUCUGCUGAUUCCGCUUGCACUUUGGAGCAUAAUUGUGAAUAUAUUAUUGUAUUUCCCAAAUGGGCAAACUUCCUAUGCAUCCAGCAAUAAACUCACCAACUACGUGUGGUAUUUUGAAGGAAUCUGUUUCUCAGGUAUCAUGAUGCUUAUAGUAGCAGCAGUCCUUCUUGUAUUGGAGAAUGAGAGCAACUAUAAAUGUUGCCAGAGUGAAAACUGCAGCAAAAAAUACAUGACACUGCUGUCGAUGAUCUUUUCUGCCCUUGGAAUUGCUUUCUCUGGAUACUGCCUGGUCAUAUCUGCUCUGGGCCUCGUUCAGGGUCCAUACUGCCGCACUCCCGAUGGCUGGGAGUACGCCUUUGAAGGCACUGCAGGACGUUUCCUUACAGAUUCCAGCAUAUGGACCAAGUGCCUGGAACCUGCGCAUGUUGUGGAGUGGAACAUCAUUUUAUUUUCCAUUCUCAUAGCUCUCAGUGGGCUUCAAGUGAUUGUUUGCCUCAUCAGGGUAGUCGCUCAGUUAUCCAAGAUACUCUGUGGAACUUAUUCGGUCAUCAUCCAGCCUGGAAUCAUUUGAAUGACAACAAGAAUAUUUUCCAUUAUCAAGAAAUGCCAUCUAUCUGUCUUAUAUCUACUGUAUAGACCUUAAGGCAAUAUUCAAAUGAUGGUGAUUUCUCCAUUUGGUGUUUUUUUGAGUCUGCUUAUAAAAUUUGUAGUCCUCACGAAAGUGCAAACUAUGUCACCGUUCCAUUUGGAAUUUUUUCUAAGGAAUAUGUGCCAGAUCUUCAGAAAUGUCCAUACUCUUUGGUGAAACAAAUCCAUUUCCAAUAAUCUGUACUAUGGAAAUAAAUAAGAAUAUAACAUAAAACUUCACGCAAAUACAAAUAAUACAAUAUUAUUUAGAAUUCUAGAAAAUUAGAAGUACCCCAAAGUCUAACUUAAGGGGAAGGAUUAAAUCAAGGGUAGUACAUUAGUCGUAAUAUUAUAUAGUCAUUACAAAUUAUAUUUUAAAGAUUAUGAAUACUGUUAAUUAAAAAAGCAGAUUACAAAUUUAUGUUUACAGUAAAAACAUAUCGAUCUAAGACAAACACCAAAUAAUCAAAAUUUAGAAGAAAAACUCAAUCUAGAAGAAUUUACAGAAAAAUGUCAACUGUCAUUCAUCUGGAUGAUAGGUGACCCUUUAUACUUUUCUCUAUUUCCCAAGUUUUCUUUAUCAUGUUUUAUAAUUAAAACACAUUUUAAAACUCAUUUUUACUCUUAAAAAUGUUUGCUUUUACCCAACCUUUAAAGAUAUAUGCUUUUUCCACGUUUUCCCACCUUGAGCAUCUGUAAACAUCAUAAAAUAAUACUUCAAUCAGUAUUCAAUAAGGAAAGUAUUGAGAUAGAAAAGACAAAAAAGUGAUAUAAAUUUAUAUAAUCCAGCUGAGCAUUUAGCUUUAUUUUCUUACUCCUGAUGAUGAGUGUGAUGGGCUACAAGAAGUAACCUUGAAAUAAAUGAGCAGUUGAGAACAUGCUCAAGGGGUUAAAGAAAGUGAACAUUGACCAGUUGAUACCUAUGUCAUAGGGAGUUACCACUACUUGUAUUUAUAGAAAAAAAAUUUUUAGUAAAGCAUUUAGAAACUUUCUAUCUAUACCCAAUACUUAUCAUGACCUCCUUGAGAACAGCAGCUAUGUUAUAUAUUUUCCCAUCCUCCAUAGGACAUAGCACAAAGUGGGCAUAGUAGACACCCAAUGUUGGAUGUUCAUGCCAAGCCCGUCUGCCUUUCAUGGCUACUCUGCUGAACUCCUGUCUUCAUCAGAGGCCCACCGGGGCCAUAACACUUCUGUCACUUCCCUGUUGGUCUCCUCCAAGAACACUGUCAACAAUGCUCUGUCAAUACCUGCUCUGUGCCAAAGCUGUGCAACAGCCUGGGGGAAGAGGGAAAAUGCUCCUCUCCUUCUACAGGGAAGGGCCCUGACUGUAGCCUUUGCUGGUGUAAGUAUCUUGAAAGAAAGCCACGUUGUAAUCAGAUGACCUCCAUGUCUGGACCCAGCCAGAAGAAUUGGGAUGGACACGCAAGCCAUGGGCAGCCUAUUGUUGCCCUAUUAGCUUUGACUUAGCCAAGAGAGAAACACCAUCCAAAUAAGAUUAGUGGUCGGGGCGCCUGGGUGGCACAGCUGUUAAGCGUCUGCCUUCGGCUCAGGGCGUGAUCCCGGCGUUAUGGGAUCAAGCCCCACAUCAGGGCUCCUCUGCUAUGAGCCUGCUUCUUCCUCUCCCACUCGCCCUGCUGUGUUCCCUCUCUCGCUGGCUGUCUCUAUCUCUGUCAGAUAAAUAAAUAAAAUCUUAAAAAAAAAAAACCAAAUAAGAUUAGUGGUCAUUCUUGCUUGAGAAUUUGAACUCAAGGAGGCUAGGAAUGAAGUAACCCAAUCAUUGCUGUCAGGAAAAUAAUUAAAGCACGAGAAAGAACGCCAACAUACAGAGAGUAUCUGAUUAUUCCACCAAGUCCAUAAACUUCUCAUAUCUGUCACCCACUUUUCUUAGUUCUCCUAAUAACUCCUUAACCCUCUGGUAAGCACACUUCUGGCAGGUCAACCCCACCAGUUUGUCUGACACAUUCAGGCUGUCUCAACCCUUUUUCAAUUCAAUAUGGCGCCAUACCUUGAGUGGACCAUUAAGUAGAUGUCAGCUGAACAACUCCACCUCAGAAUUGGAAACAUUGUCUAAAAACAGGGUUGCAGCCAAAUGCAGUACAGUAUAUGCAUAAGUAAAUUAAAUAUUAACACAGCCACCCCACAUGUUUUAUUUAAAGAACAUUUGCUAAUGAUGUAGUUUUAAGGAAAAAAGCUGGAUACAAAUCUAUAUGUGCACUGUGAGCCCAAAUUUUUAAAUAACCAUAUGAUUACAUGUAGACAUGUGCAAACCUUCAGAUACAGAUAAAAAAAGACUGGAAUAAUACCUAAAUGUUAAUAGUUAAUAAUUAUCCCCUAAUGGUGGGAUUGUGACUUAUGCUUCUUUUCUCUACAUUGCUCUAUAUUUUCAAAUUUUCAUUUGAAAAUGUGUUACU